AACUCUGAAGGGGACAGCUGUCAUAUUCCUAUACAUCAUAAAGUUUGUGGAAAUAAGCGAGCUAACGCGAUGAUGCCAAAAAAAACCACAGUUUUCUAUUGUAAAUGAAUUAUGAAGAUAGUAGGCUAUUGAUACUAGAUACGACUAAUUGAAAAACUGGCGAAUUUUCCUGUUCUUUUAUGAUGCUAUAACAUCACGAGUGCAUGAAAAAGCCAAUGAAUCGCUAUCGCGGAUGCGAUAACGUCGGGAAAUCUCGCUAAUUGCCUACAAUUAUGGCUGCAUCUCAUCAGUACAAUCUGCUACUUCUAGUAGAAAGCUCAUUCUUUUAUUAACAAGAAUUUCUUCGCGAAUUCUUUCAUCAACAAGAUUAGUUUUACAUCCAUUUUACACCGUCACUAGCAGCUGUGUUACUUUGCGGACCUAGCUUGACGAUUUAUCUCGUUAACGACUUGUUCACGAGCGUGUCAUAGUGUCGACGGAAGCUUCAUCAUCAUUAAUAUAGAUCGACGCAGCGAUACGACGAGUCAUCGUGAAAUGACAGCCGAGCCGGCAAAGAUCUACGAGAUCGAGCUUCGCGAGCUUGAGCCUCUGCUGCGCAAAAGUCUGGCUGACGAUGAACUUGAGAUUUUGGAUUAUCAUACCGAGCCGUUACUGAAACUGGGAGAAAAUUACGGCAGUACGAUACUGAAGGUGAGAGUAGAGAUACGGAAAAAUGACGGCAAGGAGGAAAGUCUGGAGACGGUCGCGAAGAUGCUACCGGGUUCGGACUUCCAGAGGAUGAUCUUCGACAGUUCGUACAGCUUCAGAAAGGAGGCAUUCUUGUACGGGGAACUAAUACCGUCGUAUCAGAGGCUGGAACGAGAGUUUGGCGUUAAGGAUGUUUUCUACCCCGUUCCUAAAUUGUACGGUGUUCGAUUUUCACUAAAGGGCGGUGACGAGUUUGACGACGACGCCGUCAUUCUGAUGGAGAAUCUCAAGGUUCGAGGGUAUUACAUGGCCGAGCGUCGGAUAUGUACAAUGUUUAUCAUGAAUUCUUUUGGUCUGGACCAAUAAAAGCUCUGGAUAGACCCACCCCGGAACCGUGGUCCACUGUGAUCCACGCGGACUUCUGGAUCAACAACUUCAUGUUUCACAGAGAUCAACAAUCCGGCAGUAUCGACGGCGUGAAGUUCGUGGACUUUCAGAACUACGUGAUCAUGAGUCCCUUGAGGGAGUUGGUCUUCUUUCUUACGACGAACUUGAGCGCCGAAGUGAUGGAGCACAGCUUCGACGAUUUACUGGAUCUCUACUACAAGAACUUCAUCGAGGUGCUGAAGCGACUGGACAUCGACACGAAAGUUUUUUCGAGGGACAAGUUUGACGAGAGGAUCAAGAUUGAUGGAUUCAAGGAGUUUUUGCACUGUCCCUUUUUUAUAAAGAUCAUGACAGCUGAAGUUGACGAUCCGGACAAGGUUAAAAAUUUUUUCGGUUUACUUAUGGAAGAAAAGUUGGACUCUUUGUUUAUGGAGAAGCUGCGCAGAUGCGUUAAAAAGUUUGUUGAGAAGGGAUGGCUGUAUCAAGUUGAUGAAAAUUCGAUCGACUGAUUUGCUGUGUGGAAACGUGUAGAAAUUAUUCCAAAUAUUUUAGAAAAAUUGUGCAAAAAUAUGAGACAGUUCGAGAAAUUUGCUAUUAAUACUAAAGAAAUCAAAGAGUAUUAUAAAUAUUUUAAUAGAUGCAAUAUAUUUGUUCUAAAAUAAAAAAACGAAAAUUCAUUGCAUUGACUUCAUUCUUAAAAAAAUUGAAUCCGUAUAUCUCUUGCUAUAAAAAAUAAAACAUUUAAUCAACACAUUGGAGAUUUCGAAAAAUGCUAAGGAAUUCAACACUAGCACAAAUCGGUUAAACAUAAAAAAAGACUAUUUUCAUUCAUCGCUGUUCUUGUACACACUUUAUAGCUCAUAUGUGAGUAAUUUACUCGUUGAUUACGUAUACACGAACUGCUCUGCGACCGUGAGACGGAAUUAUUUAUGUAUAAGUCAGGCAAGUUGGAAAACUAGGAAUGUAGGUUGAAUCCAUUCACAACUCUCUGCAGCGAUGCCAACUAAGUUAUUUGACACAUUUCAUUUACUCAGUUUACAAUUUGAGUAAUGUAACAUUGUGAUAAUGAUAAAAUUAAUUGAAAUAGAAUCAACAAAAGUAAAUGAUCAAGUAGUUCGAUUAAACGUAACAUUAUGCAAUAGAAAAUUAACAAAAUUGUUAUAAACUGUAAAAAAAUAAGAAUGAAAUUAAGAAAUCGCACAAAUGCAAGAAAAUUUAAUAAAAUAUAAUUUUUUUCUUUGUAUUCUAAAAUUUUUACUAGGAAAUACGAUUGCAAAUCAAUUCAUCCUAUCUAUAAACCGAUAAUAAUAAUUGAAUCGCUACCACUACGAUAACAAGACCAUCCAAGAAUCUAGAGUAUGCCAACCGUUAUAUUUGUUAUCCAUAUUUGGCAUUGGCUUUAUACUUUCCUUAUCUGCUCUAUUAUUACAAAGUACAGCGCAAAAUCUUGAAAUACGUACACAUCAAUAUUAAAAGUUGGAUUAUUUCUCAGAACAUCUGUCAAGUCAUCUUCACAUCUGGAUAAAUGUUUAAAUCUGUUUCUACCAGAAGUUACAAUACAUAAUUUUUUAUUCGAAAUCGUAAUUAUUUUGAUUGUCAAUAUAUACAUAUUUAAUUGAACGUAUAAUAUUAAUUUCUAAAAUACGUAAUUGAAACGAUUUGCUUGAAUGACGUUGCAAUUUUAAAUGAACGACUUUUAUACAAGCAAAUCAAUUGGGCCGAAAUCCACUUUUUAUUUGUCUUUAGAAAUACUCCAUCACUUAAUUAAUACCAGGAAAGUCGACGCGUUUAUUCGAACAGCGAGUACCUUGUCUUAUACGCUGAAAAAGAGUCAAAGCAAGCCGACAGCCUUGAACCAUCCCACGAACUGUCAUUAUCGGAGUUAUUAUAAUACAAAA